UUUUCUUUCCUUUUCUUGUGGCCUGGUUUGUUGUGGCAUUGGACACAUUGCGGCCACGACAAGUUUUGCAAUUGUUGUUUGCUCCGUCACUUUGUUUUGUGACACAACAUUCAAUAACAGUUUGUCAGUUCUUGUCGGCCCAAACGUAGAGUAACCAUGUCUCGUUACGGUGGUGGAGGUGGUGAUAGAUAUGGAGGUGGUGGUUACGGAGGUGGAAACUCCCGUGGCUUCGGAGGAGGAGGUGGUGGAGGCCGUGGUGGCCAGCCCGGCUCUACUCUGAGGAAGCCGAGGUGGGAUCUAUCCCGCUUGCCUCGCUUCGAGAAAGACUUCUACAGAGAGCACCCUGAUGUUGCCAAUCGCACACAGAUGGAAGUUGACACCUACCGUCGCAGCAAAGAGCUUACCCUGAAUGGACGCAAUAUUCCAAGGCCCAUCCAGCAGUUCCGUGAAGCCAAUUUCCCAGACUAUGUCACUAACGAACUGGCGAAAAUGAACUUCAAGGAGCCGACUGUCAUCCAGGCUCAGGGCUGGCCAUUGGCAUUGUCUGGAAGAGACAUGGUGGGAGUUGCCCAAACCGGAUCAGGAAAAACUCUAGCCUACCUGUUGCCCAGCAUUGUACACAUCAACCAUCAGCCUUUCUUGGAGCGUGGAGAUGGACCCAUUGUCCUGAUCCUUGCUCCCACAAGAGAAUUGGCACAACAAGUACAGGUCAUCGCAAACAACUUUGGUUCAACCUCUCGCAUCCGUAACACAUGCGUGUAUGGUGGUGCACCGAAAGGACCCCAGUUGCGCGACUUGGAACGCGGUGUUGAGAUUUGCAUCGCAACACCCGGUCGUCUCAUUGACUUCCUGGAGGCAGGAAAGACGAACCUUCGCCGAUGCACAUACCUGGUCUUGGACGAAGCUGAUCGCAUGCUUGACAUGGGCUUUGAGCCUCAGAUUCGCAAGAUUGUAGAGCAAGUCAGACCUGACAGACAAACAGUCAUGUUCAGUGCGACCUGGCCAAAGGAAGUGCGCCAGCUUGCCGAAGAGUUUUUCUCCGAGUAUGCACAAAUCAACGUUGGUUCGCUGGACCUGUGCGCCAACCACAACAUUCUUCAGAUCGUUGACGUGUGCGAGGAGUAUGAGAAGGACAACAAACUGGUGCGUCUGGUGGAAGAAAUCAUGGGCGAGAAAGAGAACAAGACCCUGAUCUUUACCGAGACCAAGCGCCGUGCAGAUGAGCUGACAAGGAAGAUGAGACGUGAUGGCUGGCCUGCAAUGUGCAUCCAUGGUGACAAGGCUCAGCCAGAACGUGACUGGGUGUUGAACGAAUUCCGGUCCGGCAAGUCACCAGUCCUGGUAGCUACUGAUGUAGCAGCACGUGGUCUUGACGUCAACGACGUGAAGUUUGUCAUCAACUUUGAUUACCCCAACAACUCUGAAGACUAUGUGCAUCGCAUCGGAAGAACAGGCCGCGCUGGCACCACCGGCACAGCCUACACGUUCUUCACGGCCAGCAAGGCACCCAAGGCCAACGAGCUCAUCAAAGUGCUGCGCGAGGCCAACCAACACAUCAACCCCAGGCUCCUGGAGCUCGGCCAGCGAUCCGGUGGAUAUGGUGGUCGUGAUCGUCGCAACAGCAGGUAUGGCGGUGGCGGCAGUGGUCGUGGCAGCAGUAGUCAUCACAGUAGCCGUGGCAGUGGCGCCAACGCAGAACCAGUCUAUCCGUCUUCCAGCGGUGGCACUAGUUCCUCCAGUCGUUCAGCAUCCAACGCCUACUCAGCCAGCAGCGGUGUGUCAAGUGCCUACUCGGCAUCAGCUCCUCGCAGCUAUUCGUCUGGUGUCACUGCACCGUCCAACGGUUACUCAGCCGUACAGCCAGCUGCUGUCCAGCCUGUUGCAGCUGCCGCCAUGCACAACACGGCCGCUGUCGUACCACAGAUGAUGCCAACUGGCUAUGCACCAGCACCAGCAGCAGCACCUAUGCAGUACGCUCCACCGCAGCAGUACGCCAUGAUGGGCGCUGGGAUGGCGAGCGCAGCCGGAGCUGUCCCACGCUCAUACUAACCUCACCACCGGUCAUGUUUCCGGACUACAGUGUGUGGUGUGUGGUGUGUGUGUGUGUGUGUGUGUGCAUGUAUGUGUGUGCAUGUAUGUGUGUGUGUGUGUGUGUGUGUGUGUGUGUGUGUGUGUGCAUGUGUGUUGUGUGAAGCAUUUUUUCUGGUCUACAUGCAAUUUUAUACAUGUGUAUGGUAUGCAUGCUUUUGACAAUGAACGCACCAGGAUUUCCUGGCUCAUGGAAUACACCCUUUCUGGCAUUGAAUGAAGGCGAAAGUACAGAAAAUAUUAAUAAAAAAACUAUUUUCCACACCUCGCAGCAGA